GUUAGUUUUGCAUGCAAAAACAUACUCAAAUAAAGUAAAAGUACCUUGGAAUUGAAUUAAGUACAGUACUUGAGUAGUUACAUUCCUUCACUGUGCUUUGUCAUUGAAAAGUUGCACACAAUUAGUUUUUGCAAAAAUAUUCUGUCUGUGGCCGGCCUCCAUGUGACAUCCAUGAAACGUGUCUCCUCCCACUCUCAGUGAUGUGUCACAGCGUAACACGAGACGCCACACUGCUCUAUCAGUUGUUAACAGCCAUGUGUUGCGCUGAUAAUGACGACAACGGACAUGUGUGAGUGUGUGUGCAUCUACGAGUGUUUACUUUCCAGGAAGUGUUUCCCUCAUUCAAUGCCGUGUAAAAAUGUAUGUGCACAAGCAAUUUGUUGGUCAGUUGGUUACCAGUCACAGCCUUCUGGUCUCAAGCUGUUGUCACUGCGGGUGGGUUGGUCAGUUAAAACAAAAGUUAGAGACCCCAUGUUGAGUUUCUCCCGGGUUCACAAGACAAACAUCCAUAUGGCAUGACCCAGAUUACAACCCUGAUUACAAAAAAGUUGCAACUGUUUGAAAAGUAGAUAAUCAUUUGCAAAAGAACCAUGUUAACUGCCAAGUUUUAUUUCACAUUCCAGAGCCCAUUAAUGAUCAUAUAUUUACAAAAAUCUCUUUUCGAAUGAGUAUAUUUCAAAAAGGAUCAAAAAAUAAUCCAUUCUGUUUAAUUCAUGUUGUACACAGUGUCCUGGAUUUUUGGAAAUCGGGGUUAUAGAACCACAGUCUCUGCUUGAUUAUCUGUGUACUGGAGAGGAGCGUAGCCGUAGACGUAGCCGGCAGAGUUGUUUUUAUCAGAGUGUCAGAUGAAGAGAGAAGUGAGUGAUGACAGGAGAUAGAGAGCUGAGAUGACAGCUGUUUGACGGAGGAACAGCAGGAGGACGUAGCACACGUGAAACAUCAAAUGUAAAGGAGGAUGCAACACGCUGGAGGAACACAAAGCAAGACACCCAUACACUAAGAAUGAGUGAAACUCCACAAGAGCUUGAGCCUCAGCUAUCAGUCCAACCAUCGUCACAGCCAGAACCUGAGAGGGGGCUUCGGCCUCCACCUCUGUUUCAGCUGCCACUCCCCAACCAAGAUCUCUCUGAGACCCAUCACCAACCCCAGCUACAGCUGUCAGAGUCUGUCCCUGAGCACCAGCACCAAACACAAUCCACAGAGUGGAUUAACCAUCGAAGGCUACGUCUCCUUUUCUUGGGGUUGUCCUUAUGUGCUGUCAUUCUGGGACUAAUUUAUUACAUGCAUCACAAUCAGCAAAAUAGGAGCGAAAACCUGACGGAGACUGGUAGGCCUCAAGAGAAAUACAAUGGCACAACAACGUGGCACAAAAAAAUCUUUUGCCCAAUUUGUCUAACUGUCCUCUCACUCUUUUCUGUAGAGACUGCAUGUGUCUCCCCAGCCUGUCAAAUGGCCUCAGCCCAUCUCUCCAUGUCUGCUGAUCCCUUCACGCAGCCCUGUGAUUACUUCCUGUUCACGUGUGGCUCUGACAGACUUUCACCAGACAGCGGGGGGCGACAAAGGGGUCAGGGCAUCCCUGGACAUCCACAGAACCAAAGAGGACAUGCCGUGUCGCCAGAGAGGAAAGCACAAAUUAAAGAAAGGGAAGACAGAAGACUGAGAGAACAUAAAAUACUGGACAGAAAAAACGUGCUGCUGCAGUAUAUCAGGGAAACUUUGGAAUCAAAGGACAGACUGGGUAGUACAGCAGUACAGAAGGCCAAAGGAUUCUACAGUUCCUGUUUGGACACCAAAUCCGUAGAGACAGCAGGAGUGGAGCCCUUCCUCGAACUUGUCCAGAAAUUGGGAGGCUGGGCAGUAUCAGGCCAGUGGAAUCGGACUGAUAUCAACUCUACCCUGAGCCUGCUGAUGAGAGACUACGCCACAUUCCCAUUCUUCAGCCUCUCUGUGGGCAGAGACCCAAAAGAAACUGCCCACGGGACAACCAAAAGAUACAUACAGAUUGAUCAGCCAGAUCUGUUGAUCCCCAUUGAAUGGAACAGCAAGACACAGAAGUCUCAAGCUAGAACUCAGACACUGCGUCCCUUCUUGGCAUCAUGUCAGACAUACCUGGCACUGUUGGGGGCCCCGCCCAGCAGUAGAAUGCUCCACGUGGGCACGUUCAUCUCUCUGUCCUCUGAGCUCGCUGUGGCCGCUACACCUCUGCACUAUCGGCUGUCGAAAGGGCAGCUUUAUCAGCGCAUGACCAUCAAAGAGCUACAGAGCCAGGCCCCUUCCAUUGAUUGGUUGGGCUGUCUGCGGGCUACUUUUGAUCCACUGCCCCUCACUGAAGAUGAUCAUGUCAUUCUACAUAACUUACCCUACAUGGUGCACAUGUCCCGCAUCAUUGGCAAAUGGCUGAACAGGGAUGAACUGAGUAACAGCGGCCCACUUCAAACUUACAUGGUCUUCAAUCUGCUGCACACCCUGAUGCCCGCUCUAGACUCCAGAUUUUCUGAAACACAGAAUAAUUUGUCAGUGGCUCUGGGUAAAAGUGAAGGGGUAGCCCCUCGCUGGAAAGACUGUGUGUUGGAGACUGAGAGAGGAUUUGACCUAGUUCUUACAGACCUUCUCAAAAGAAGGAGGGCACACAGAGAGGCAGAGGAGAUUAUUCAAAACAUCUUUACUUUCUUUAAGUCAAAAUUACGCGAACUCAAAUGGACAAAUCAGACGUCUCUCCGGCGUGUCAUGAAAAAGGUUCACUUUUUAAUUCCAAGACUUUGGACAACAAAAGAGAUCUCUAGUGAGGCUGAGCUUGACCUGCUUUAUUCUAAGGUGACAGUUAGCCCACAAAGCUUCUUCUCAAACUAUGUCCAGCUACUCUCCUUGUGGCAAAAGAGACGCCGUAACCUCUUGACAGAGCAGACCGAGGCCACCGAUAUCCUGUCUGUUACACCCGUCCUCCAAGGAAAUGAGCUCCUCUUUCCCAUGGGAAUGUUUGUCCCUCCUCUCUUCCACCCUACGUAUCCAAGGGCAAUGAAUUAUGGUGUAAUAGGUUUCCUAAUCGCCAAAGAUAUCCUCCACCUGAUGCUGCCUGAAAUUUAUUCUCAGAGUCAGACGGUGCAUGCUGUGGGGGAAUGUGUGUGGGCUCACUACCUCACUGUGACUGAACAAGCCGGCCGAGGUAGAGUGCUCACUCUCUCAGCAGCGCAGCGGCAGGAGGUGUGGGUGCAGUAUUCUGCACUGCAGAUAGCAUUGCAGGCUUAUCAUCAGAGCCUAAAGAACCAUCCGAGAGACACCACCAUCUCAGGACUAUCACACACUCGCCUGUUCCUCGCGUCUUUUUCUCAGGUUAACUGUGACUUCGACCCAUACCAUGAAUUCAUGCCCUUGGAACCCUCAUUCCUGAUUACAGUCAUCUGCUCCAAAUCUGGCCUGUGUCCCACAAACCUUGAGUGCCCCAAUAAAACCCAGCAGCCUGGAUUACAAACAUGUUGAACACACUCCUCUGACAUCCAGCAGGUUUUGUUUUUGUAAUGACUGAUGAUUCUUAUGGAUAGUAGUAAGCCCACUAUGGAUGUUGGCAAGCUGUUUUUGGGAUAAAGAUUGUAAGUUUAUAUAACAGAUAUUUGUUAGUGAGGAUACCUAAAGUAUGUAAAAAGCAAACACUGACUUUUUUUGUAUCUGUAGUUGUUGAGUUGUUUGCAUGUACAUAAAAGCAUUGUGUAAAAUAAAAUAGCUGAAUUUGAAAAACUUCACCUCUUUCAUUUUAAAAUGAGCUCCUAAUUAAGCUACAGUUUAGUUUGGUCUGUUAGUUCUGGACCAGUCACACAGCAACCAAAGUAAAUGUUAUAUUUUUCCACAACAAAUCACAAAAUUACAGCUUGAAUCUCAGGACAUGUCUGCAUGUCAAACUUUCCAACAACCAACUGGGAAGGCAAAGCCAAGAAAGCUGACGUGGAAACGCUAAUAACAGCGUUACAUCAAGCAAAAAUACACAAAUGAAGGUGGCAAAACAAACAGU